GUGAGUUGUCGAUACACAAUGUCUACACACUCUGUGGCGUGAGGACAUGAGAAAACAAUUCCAGAUACACCGGCAUGGACACCAAAUGCCUGUACCGAUAGAAUAUACCAGGAGAUGAAUCCCAAUAUGAAGACUCAGACACACUAUGCAACACUUGGGCUGGCCCCGACCGCAACACCGGAAGUCAUACGUGCAGCAUACAAAGCCCUGGCGCUGAUGUACAGUCCUGAUGAGACUUCGCUGCUGGCCGCUGCCGAGGGCGUCGCGCGUGCUGCUGUAUUUGACAAAAUCCAAGAGGCGUUCGCCGUAUUAGAAAAUCAGAGCGAGAGAUCUGUCUACGACGCUGAGCUUGCAAGGAACGAUGGCGAGGUCAUUGACGAAGCGUCUGCCUUCAACCAUCCUCCUCGCUCUACAUUGGAAGACUGCACAACAGCGCCUACGAUAGAGGAGCAGAAGAACUCGAUGCGCGCUCGGGUACGUGGGCAAAUUGAAUACUGGCGAGUGCUGCGCGAGAAACGCCAUGAGGCUGAGUCAUGUCUGAGUGUAGCAGAGCUCAAGAGCCUGAUGGAGAUCUGGGAAGAUGCCGGACUCGACAACGCAGCCGAUCCUGUGAUGAAGGCUCAAUGUGCUACCGUCACUUACGAAUACGUGGAGGAGCUGAUUUCUCGCGAGCGAGAGCAUGAAGAGCUGCCAGCAAAAGCUUCAACAUACAGGCGCACAACAGAGAUGCCCACAACGCCAGUCGCGAAGAAACAUCAUCCGAAAACACCAUGUGCGCCAACGAAGUCAGCCGCUCCUGCACGCACAUCGUCAUCGAAUAAAUCAGGUGUUGCUGCUCGACAUACCCGUCCUAAUUCAUCGCCAACACCCGCACCAUUCCCUCGUGUGGGCGCGCGCGCUGCCGAGCAUAAACGGGCCGAGGAAAAGCGGGUCGAAGCAGCCAAGGCUAGAGCUGGAGCCCGUAAGGAACGGAAGGCCCAAAUUGAGGCGGCCAAGCAAGCCGCCCUUGAGAAAAAGGCGGCUGUUGUUCGCACCCUCAAAGUGGAGCAGAAAGCGACAGGUGACGAACAGGCCCGUGCGAAGGCUGAGCACAUAGCAAAAGUUCGAGCUAAGGUCCGUGGAGGACCAGUUGGCAUCAAUGAUGCUACUGGUCAUCUUGUCGCUUCUGGAGAAUAAGAGGGAACGUUGUCGCAUGGGGUCGAUGCUUCCGAUGAGGGUAUGUAGGAAGACUUCAAGCUAUAAGCGGGCAAACGUUUUAAUGCAUGUGGCACCAAACACAGCGACCGCUGUUAGUGAAGAAAUUGCAGUACGCGGGCAAUUGCGUAGGACGAAGAUGCAUCAAAGCACACUUCAUGAGCGUGUGUGGUACUGGCUAUACCGUGUAGCGCGUGGUGACACGUAUGCCAUGGACGUGAUUCUCCCAUCCUCGUCUCU